AUGAAGGACCGACUGGAACAACUAAAAUCGAAGUCAGAUCAAACUGCCGAUGAUGUGGAAAUUCCGAUGGAAAAUAAGGAAUUUAUGGAUGAGUUCUUUGCUCAGAUUGAAGAAAUCCGCACCAGUAUUGACAAGAUUGAUGAAAAUGUAGUGGAGAUAAAGCGACUGUAUUCUGUUAUUCUCUCUGCACCAACGUCAGAGCAGAAGACACAGGAUGAAUUGGAAGCAGUUACCAAUGAGAUAAAGAAAUUGGCCAACAAUGCUCGCAAUAAACUAAAAAGCAUUGAGCAGAAUUUGGCAGCUAACACCGAGGAGAGGGUUUCAGCUGAUGUGCGGAUAAAAAAAUCUCAGCAUGCCAUUCUUGCGAAGAAGUUUGUAGAGGUGAUGACCAAAUAUAAUGAAGCCCAAGUGGAGUUUAGAGAGAAGAGCAAAGGACGCAUUCAAAGACAGCUGGAGAUCACUGGAAAAGCCACUACUGAUGAGGAACUGGAGGAAAUGCUGGAUGGAGGGAACGCUGCGGUUUUCACAGCAGGAAUUAUGGAUUCUGGAAUAUCUAAACAGGCCCUGAGUGAGAUCGAGGCAAGACACAAAGAUAUCAUGCGGCUGGAGAGCAGCAUAAAAGAGCUUCAUGACAUGUUUGUGGACAUUGCGGUGCUGGUGGAGAAUCAGGGAAGCAUGAUUGACAGGAUUGAGAGCAACAUGGACCAGUCUGUGGGUUUUGUGGAAAGAGCUGUGGCUGACACUAAAAAAGCUGCCAAGUUCCAACAGGAAGCGCGCAGGAAAAAGAUGAUGAUCAUGUUGUGUUGCACAAUUCUUGCGGUCAUCGGAGGCUCUCUGGUCUACAGCUGGCUGACAUAG